AAAGAGACAAAUUAAUCUGGCUAUUUCAUAGUAUAAAUAACCUAGUACUCAAGCCACCCGCCUGAAUGUACCCCAAGACUGAGAUCUAAAUUCCGGUGGAUUUCACUUGAAUGGUCUGUUCUAUACGUUUGGUUCAAGGACAUAUAAUUUUUUUCGAUUAGCAAACUGUUGCUCAAAAGAGAUUCAAAUAAAUAAUACUAAGAAAAUCACAGCAGAAGAAGAAGAAGAAGAAGAAGAAGAAGAAGAAGAAGAAGAAGAAGAAGAAGAAGAAGAAGAAGAAUACCAAAAACAAAAAAAAAAAAACAAACAGACAAACAAAAAUCCAAAAAACAAUAAUGACACGAAAUUUUACCAAAGCUAACAGUUUUUACAGGAAACUCAUCAUGGCACAACUUGAGUUUGACCACGCUCUAAGAUACGUUGACUACUAUGGGGAAUGGGGAAUGGUUUUUGUCCGCUAUGUUACUCCAUAUUUGUGGGUGGCCCCGCUCACUGUAGCAAUUUUUCUAAUAGUUGCUUUUAAGAGACUUCGUUUGUUUGGACCAAUGCAGAAAUGUCUGAUUUCAGUCAUGGCUGUUGACGUCUUCUUCAUCAUUUUCGUCGGCCUCAAAGACGCAAUUUUCAAUUUGUUGAAAUGGAACUAUGGCUUUAUUGAAUAUAAGAUUUGUAGUUUCGUGCUAAAUUUCAUUCAUAUUCAAAUCAGCAUUUACGGCACCUCGCUUUGGAUCAAAUCUCUUAUGCUUAUUCAUCGAAGUUUUAUGUUCCUUUUUCCCUUUAGAGUAAGAUAUUUUAAAGUAAAACUAUUUCUUGUUCCUUUUGCAUUCUUCCAUUUGCUAAUAAUUGUAUUGUACUGUAUCUCAACAAAUACUAUUCCGAUAAAAAAAAUUACCACCAUCCAAGAAUACGUUCCGCAGAUGCCAUUGAAAAUCAUUGAUGCGUGUAUCCUAGGAAAUGAUGACAAGUUCUAUAGUGGAAUCACAUACAUCAUUAUAAGGUGGUUUCGUUAUUUCGUCCAUGUCAUAUAUUUCGCUUUGUUGCCAUUGUGUAUUCAAAGCCUAUGUACAGUCGUUCUUAUUUUCAUGAUUAGAAAACAAAUUACAAAACUUUCCUUUUUAACUCCUAUUGGUAGGUCAAAAAUUGCCCAAAAAGUGGCAUACCUUGUUUUAAUCAGGGCACACAUUUAUUUAGCCGUUUCGUUUUUCGUGCAAGAGAUUCCGAUUUAUUUCGCUGUUAUUUCUGCACUUUACAAUCAAGAUACUUCCAAUUUUCAAAAAAUCAAUUCGAUAAUUGUACUAUAUAUUUACCAAACAUUUGCCAUCGGUAAACUAAUUGAUUUUCUUAUUUAUGCAAGCCUAAGUCGUAAAGUAAAAUCUGAACUCAAGAAUCUCAUUUUUUGCAAAAAAGGGAAGAAGGAAGUGGCUCCGAAAUAAAAUCAAGAGGCCUAGGGGCCAUAUCGCUCAAAUCAGCAUUACGGUAUCAAAAUCAAAAUAUCUUGACAACUAAGUACAAAAAUCUGCCGAUUUUUUUACACAUAUUUAUCAACAAUCAAACUAUUAGCUCAGGUUAGCUAAAAAGCCAGGUUUUUUUUUUUAGAUUCACAAUGGCAGUAGUGGUACAAAUGUAUAACACAGGUACUUGUUAUGCAUAAUGUGCUUGCAAAAAUGGUUAACACUGCAACGCCACAAUAACAUUCUGUACGUCAUGAUGUCAUUCACCAGAGUAAAUGAUCUUGAUUUGGUUAAAUCGUAAACAAUGAAGAAUAAACUAAAAAAGUUCGCCAUGUUACACCAUUUUAAAAUGACUUGGGACAAUUUAUCAAAGUAUUGUUAUAACAUUUCUGCUUUGUGAAUUUACCCUGAGAAUAUCACUGGAAAGAAACAUUGGAAAACUGCCAAUCAAUUUCAGCGGAAGAAAUUUUGCAUCGACAACUGCCGAUCCGUUACAUAUCAGAACGGUGGUUAAUAUGGGGAAGUCCAUGUGUUGGACAAUCUUUUAAUUUGACACUCAACUUAUGUCUUUUGUUGUCGUAAUGUCAGUGUAGUUUAAUUAUUAUUAUACUUCAAACCAGAAAUAGUAGUAAUCUUCAUUAGUCUUUAUAGAUGGAUGGAUAGAUAAUUGUAUCAAAGAAAUAAAUAAUA